GGUUCAGGUCCUUAUGCUCCCCCACCACCACUAUCCCCGGGUCAGUGAAGAAAGCCUAAAAGGCCCGCGAGCGUCCCCGACCGGAGAAAGCACUUCAUUUCCCACAAUGCAACUCUCGGGCCUCGCUCUCGCGAGACUCGGCGAGAGGUCCGCGGUUGGGCCGGCGUUCUCGCGGAGGAGGCCAGAAGAGCCUGGGAGUCGGGCCUGGACGGGUGACCGGGAGGCGAAGCAACCGCAGCGGACCGACAUGGCGGAGACGGACCCCAAGACCGUGCAGGACCUCACGGCCGUGGUGCAGACCCUCCUGCAACAAAUGCAGGACAAGUUCCAGAUCAUGUCGGACCAAAUCAUUGGCAGGAUUGAUGACAUGAGCUGCCGCAUUGACGACCUGGAGAAGAACAUCGCGGAUCUCAUGACCCAGGCCGGAGUGGAGGAACUGGAAGGAGGAGAAAACAAGGCGGCCACCACCAAGACUUCAACCUGCCAAUAAUCUAUGAUGGUCACAGAAAAGAGACAUUUUUACAAGCCUAGACUGGUUUCCAGACACCAUUUUUUGUUUUCUUUUAUUUUUCCAACGACUAGUGUGUAAAAACGUUUUUCUACGGCUGUAGAACUUGUGUUCUUAAUGUACCUUGUAUAACUAGAUUUGGAACAGUUUCUAUUCUGACUUCUUGUGCAUUGUGAGUUUCACACACUUUUUGGAAUUGAGGUGUUCUAUACUAAUUUUAAUUAUUAAAACAUAAUUUGAUAGCCUGAUGAGUCAACUAUAGUGCUAAUGCUAUACAAGUGGACUUUUGUGAAUUUGGAUGUUAAAAACGUUCCUUUUCCUGGUUCCUUUUUUGUAAUUCCUUUUACUUGGUCAAUAAUGUUGUGCUUUCCGUCAGCCUAUUUUGUGCACAAGGAUGAAAAUGUGUUGUGAGUCAUUUACAGAUCUCUUACUCUAUUAAUAAUAAGUUUAACGUAGGAAACAAUCCAUUUUGGAUCACUUGAGCUGUAACUCUUCUUCAUUUUCUAUUAUUGAUUUGAGGACAUUGAUAAUUGAAAAAUUUGAAUGGUUAAUCAUUUUAAAGUAAAUUGUCAAUAAUAUUGGCAUGGUAGCAGUAUUUUGUUAUUGGCUGGGUACCCCUUAAGCAGGACUAUUGAUAGUUCUAACCAUGGAGACCAGUUCCUUGGAUUUAUAAUAAAACGCACAUUUUCUUUCAAA